AUGGCCAGCACACCUAAUACGCCUUACCUGACUGGGCUCCCCAACGAGAUCGUCCUCGAAAUCUACCAUCAACUGGACCUGGAUGGAGUUUUCAAUCUCGCCGCUACUCACAGGACUUUCUAUGAGCUCUUCAAUAAGAGAAAGGCCUCCAUUCUACUUCCUGUCUUGGUCCGGGAUUUUAGUCCUUUUGAUGAACUCUUGCAAGUUUAUACCGCUUCAGCCGAUGACCUUGAUUCUCUUGGAGGCUUGUAUGCUUCUCGAAAAGUCGUGUUCAAGCGCUUCAUCGGGGACACGGGGACCGUCCUUGCUCCGCGAACAGAGUAUCGGCCUACUCCAUCAGUGGCUUCCAGCAAUGGAUUCACUGCGGUCAGCAAGACUGGAAAGCCCACGCUUCCCCACUUUCACGCCAUGAAGACGGUUGUCUUGACUGAGCAAGACUUGAAGCCUCUUCUUGGCCACUGCCACCUGGUGUCCAAGUGGCAGUCUCGGUUUCCUCAGAUGAGGUGGUAUCACGAGCCCGAAAAUUGCCGAUACCUCCGCCACCAUGAGGCUGAGCGGUUUCGUAGAGCCAUGUAUCGGUGGUGGCUUUACGGAUUCUACUUUCACGGCGACUUCCCACGCCCGCGUGUUGGUCUCCCUGAGCCUGGUGUGGAUGACCCGCGGCUGAGCCAGCUCCGGCGAUACUCUAUGAGUGAACUAGUGGAGUUGAUGGACCUGGUUGAGACUAUGAAGGAUGUAGUUCUUCAUUAUCUCUGCCCCCGCCUGGACCCUAACCAGGAAUAUGAGACCUGCGACUCUUAUCUGAAUGACGUUACUGAUCGACCCGAGUCCCUUUCGAGGGGGUGGCGGGACCAGAGUCGAUGGGGCCGUAUCGUCAAGACAUACUGCAAGCUCGGUCCCAAAGAGCUGAUGCAUUUGUUUGACAAUAUCUACAGCUUUCCUCGGAAGCGUCUGAUCGUUGAGGCUCGCCUCAUGCAACCCAACCUCACCUUUGACCAGGAAUCCAUCUCAGUCGCCAUCCAAUGCGUCCUGGAUGAGCGACAGUGGUCACUGAACAUGCCGAGUCUGCCCCAGGAUGGCUCAGGAGGUGUCAUUGACUGGGAUGAUGAGCGUGAUGCUGAGAGGGUCAAGUUUGGAGGUGAUGCCAGUCCUGAUGGAUUGCUACAAGCGGGCGCUCGGCUGCUUCGGUCUUCCUCACAUUACUCGCCUCGAGGAGAUGACGGAUCUUGUUUGGAAGAUAUGCCGCGGCAGUCUUGGGUCGAAGGGCGAUACAUGAUGUCGUUUGCAUGA